CUAUCCAAUUAAAAAAUACACUGACUGACGUACAAAAAAAAUCGAAUUUUUCUUCCCGAUGUAUGUAAACAAUCCAGAAGAUUUGAUUUGAUUUCCACCAAAUUAACAUUUUAUUAUUAAUAAAAUUUAUAAUAAAUAGAUUUUAUAAAGGACAUGUUUACCCACCGGGACAUGAAAAUGGAAGAUGUGUAAAGAUUUUUUGUAAAUAAGUAACUUGUUACAAAGUUGUCAAACAAGUUUGGGUCAGCGAUGGAUUCAUCUGUGGCUCUAGCCAGCCAGCCUGUGGAAGAGAUAGUCAUAAAGUGUGAAGUCAUAGAGAUAUCUGACGAGGAGCCAGGAUCGGAAGAACCAAAAAAGAAGCGUCGUAAGCGAGUGGCGCCCAAGUCGCCGCAGUCUUGCGAGCAGUGCGGCAAGGUGUUCCAGACGGGCUACGAGCUGAAGAAGCACAGGCGCACGCACACCGGCGAGCGGCCCUACAUGUGCACGACCUGCGGGAAGACGUACACACAGCUCGGACAUCUCAGUAUACACAGUUUAUCACAUAAGGGUAUAAAGAACUUCAACUGCUCGGAGUGCGGGGCGUCGUUCUACCGCAAGGCGGACCUGGACCGGCACGAGAAGGUGCACACGGGCGAGAAGCCGCACCAGUGCGAGAUCUGCUCCAAGAGCUUCACGCAGAAGAACAACCUCGUCAUGCACUUCAAGAUGCACCUGGGCGAGAAGCCGCACCAGUGCGAAGUUUGCAACAAGAGAUUCCUCACAAGAAGCAAGAUGGUGCUGCAUUCAAAGAAGCACGACAAAGAGAGAAAGAAGAAAGAGAUCAUUAGCCAUCAUGUAUAAGAGAAGCUGGAAAAUAGAGACUAGCAUCAUUUAUCACUAACAUUCGACCGACAUGACUCGUGUGGGGAAAUAGACAAAAUAUAUCAACCAACCGGAAAUAUAUCUCUUUCAUUGCGUUGGAACGAAAGAGAUGGGACUGGAACUCCGUUGCCACUUUUUUUUUCGGCAUCGGCAUUUGUCUAUUUCUCUUCACGACAUACGUUGGGUCGCUUGUUAAAUUGUAAAUAGUCUACAAUAAAGUGCACGACGACCCAUCUCUUGACUCGGACUAAUUACACAAGGAACUGACCCGCUACGUCAAAGUAUAUAAUUUUUUUUUUUUAUUCUUUACAAGUCAGCCCUUGACUACAAUCUCACCUGAUGGUAAGUGAUGAUGUAAUCUAAGAUGGAAGCGGGCUAACUUGUUAGGAGGAGAAUAAAAAUCCACGCUCCUAUCGGUUUCUACACGACAUCGUACCGGAACGCUAAAUCGCUUGGCGGUACGUCUUUGUCGGAAGGGUGGUAACUAACCACGGCCGAAGCCUCCCACCAGCUAGACCUGGACCAAUUAAGUAAACCUCAAUCGGCCCAGCCGGGGAUCGAACCCUAGACCUCCGUCAUUAAAUCCACCGCGCAUACCACUGCGCUACGGAGGCCGUCAAAAUCAUAUGAUCAAUGAUCUAACGCCGUUUAUAAAAACUGUUGCUAUAGAAUCGAUGUUUCAUUGUUGUAAUCGUUUUCAUUGUGUAAAGAGCCCCAUCAGGUGAGAUUGUAGUCAAGGGCUAAUUCGUAAAUAAAAAUAAAAUAAAUGUAGUAUAAGAACACGAAAAAUACUUAUUUGUGUUAACUGUUUUCGAUGUGUGAGUUUACCUCGCCCCCCUCAAAAAACUACAGACAAACUGUUGGUCAAUUUGUGUUCGAUACAUGUCCUUGUGCAGUUAGUCUGAGUCUCUUGACAUGGGUUGUAGUCGUCGUCAUAGGGGACUUGUUCGCCGCGACCACAACGUGAUUACAGGUGGUAUUAACAUUCAAUAAUUAUUUUAUUGUAGAUGGGAGGUAACACUGUUGGUAUAAAUGAGAGGGUAUUUGAUGACUUGAGCUCAGUUGUAUGUUAGGCAGCGUAGACACCGUCACGCUGCCGGUCGCGUUAGUAAUAUUAUGCAAUAAUGUUUUGUGUUAUUUAUCAUAAAUUGUUUAGUGUGAGUGUCGGGCAGGGGAGGUGAGUGUCGAUGCAUUCUAAAGGGAUCCCUUAAACCUACUCCCAAGGUCACAAGUCCUGGGACCUGCUCGAUGUGUUUCCUCUACCACAAAAUAUGGUACAAUCACUGUCGCUGCUACCGUCGUCAUGUGGAACGGUGGCAGAAGUAUUUUGAACGUUGUAAUCGCUUAGUGGAACACAGCUCUAUAGCUUGGUAACUUCGUUGAUGACACUUAAAAAAUCUCUUACAGACACACUUAAAGACUCACUGCGGUUACUUUGUGGUUUUUCAUCGCUUCAUCACUUCAUCAAAAUGACCUUGACUACGACAUUUCACAUCAACUGACAGUGAUAUUUUGAUUUUACUAUCAUCUAUUAUGCUCAUUUCAACGAAAUUACGUAAAUAGCGGUUUUUCGUUUAAAUAAAGUUACUACUUGCUACUAUUAUUACUUUAAUACUGUCACUUUACGUAAAAUGACGGUAACUAUUUCAUUUAGUUAAAACACGAUGUUAGACGAUUGCAAAAACGAAAAUAAGAUGAAAAACGAUGUAGUGAUUCAUUAUUUGAAUGGUGCACUGAGAUACAUAACAGUAGGGUUGCCAACAAUUUUUGAGAAAGAUAUAGUAUUUUUCAAAUUUAGCUUUAUAAUAUGGUACGCUUCAAGAAAAUAUAGUACCUAUAUUACGGAGUUAGUGAAGAAAUACGUUUAUUUUCAUAAAAAACUACCUAUAAUAAUUGUUUGGGUUUGUUGCAUUUUUCAGGUUUUUUGCCUAUAAUUGUGUCUAGAGUGUCAUAUUCUUAUAUGUAAUUUAUAAAUUAUUGAAAACUAAAAGUUAGUUACGAAACUCGAUACUACGCUAUUGCAUCUGUCGAAAAAUAAUGUUUAUAAAGUUUUAGAAUGAAAGAUUUGUGUUAGAUUUCUUUGUUGAAAAUGUAGUAUUUUUGCGUACUGUAUAUUUCUUCAAUAGUACGCAGACUAAAAAAAUAGUACAAUAUUAUAUGUUACUAGCUGACGCCGCGCGGUUUCACCCGCGUGGUUCCCGUUCCCGUAUGAAUACGGGGAUAAAAUAUAGCCUAUAGCCUUCCUCGAUAAAUGGGCUAUUUAACACUGAAAGAAUUUUUCAAAUCGGACCAGUAGUUCCUGAGAUUAGCGCGUUCAAUCAAACAAACAAAUAAAUAAACUCUUCAGCUUUAUAAUAUUAGUAUAGAUAGUACGGUUGGCAACCCUACAUAAUAGGCCCACAAAUGAGUCAUGAUCAUAACGAGUUUGUAUGUAUAGUGCGCUGCCUACCCUAAGUACUGCCUUUGUGCACACCACUGCUAGUGUAAGCCUCUGUUGAUGGUUUUAGUGUGUUAUUAUUUUAUGAUUAAGUGAAUGAAAUACGGGAUGAUUACAAAAAGUUAUCAAAUA